AUGAUAACUACUCCAGUUCUAGCCUUUCCAGACUUUAAUAAACCCUUUGAGUUAGCUACUGAUGCUUGUGAUUCAGGGGUGGGAGCAGUGUUGAUGCAGGACAAGAAACCCAUUGCUUUCUUUAGCAAAGGGAUGGGAGCUAGAUUCCAAGCUAUGUCCACUUAUGAGAAGGAGAUUAUGUCAAUGGUUAUGUCAGUGACUAAAUGGAGAUCUUAUCUGUUGGGGAGCAAAUUUACCAUUUACACAGAUCACCAAGGCAUUAGACAUUUCUUGGAACAAAGAGUUCACUCCAUGAUGCAGCAAAAAUGGCUAACUAAGCUACUGGGCUACAACUAUGAGCUGAAGUAUAGAAAGGGCAGUGAGAAUGAAGUUGCAGAUGCCUUGUCUAGAGUUUAUUUAACAGAAGAAUCUAACUGCAAUGCAAUUUCCAUUCUACAACCAGCAUGGCUUACAGAAGUGCAAGAAAGUUAUACUCAGCCCUUACCAGUACCUGAUCAAGCAUGGAAAGAUGUUAGCAUGGACUUCAUCACAGGGCUUCCAGAAUCUGAAGGCAGAGAAGUGAUACUAGUGGUGGUAGAUAGAUUCUCAAAAUAUAGUCACUUUUUGGCACUCAUCCAUCCUUACACUGCUGCCUCAGUAGCUAAGGUAUUUCUAGACUCCAUUGUUAAGCUCCAUGGGUUACCAAAGACCAUUGUCUCUGACAGAGACAAUGUCUUUUUAAGCAACUUCUGGCAAUCAUUAUUUUCUAGAAUGGGAACUGCCUUGCAUUUGAGUACAACAUACCAUCCUCAGUCUGAAGGACAAACAGAGAGAGUAAAUGCUUGUCUUGAAACAUACUUGAGAUGCAUGGCUAGCUUCAAACGAAGCAAAUGGGUAACUUGGUUACUACUAGCUGAAUGGUGGUUCAAUACUAGUUUCCAUACUAGUCCAAAGCUAACUCUAUUUGAGGCAUUAUAUGGUUACCCUCCACCACAGUUUGGUGUGACCGCUUCCAGUAUUGGUAUCAGCUCAGCUGCAGAUGACUAUCUUCAAUAA